AUUAUACUCUGGCGCUUUGCGGAAACAUCGAAUGCGGAACAAAUUGUAUCGAGUUGCACCGGCGCAGCCCAUCAAGACAGAUAGACAGUGAAGCACAGAAAAAAGAGGGACAGUGUUCAUCACUGUAGGAUGGACUGGCCCAUGGAUCUGCUCCCAUUGCCCCCCUGUGCUGAGCUAGGGGUCCAUCCUCUGAAUGGGCUCCUGUGGACCCUGCUGCUCCUCUUCCUAUGGUAUUGUUACAGGGUGGGCUCUGACCCGCCAGCUCCAGGCCGAGCCAUCCCAGGUAAGCACAAGUCCGGCUCCAGGCGCUCUGUGUUGUCCCGCGCCGGCAGCUGUGCUGGAGCAGUGUGCAGUGCCACAUCAAAUGUGGCCACUGGCGAUCGGGGGACUCCGUGCAUCACCAUGGAGACAGGAGAGGAGGAGCAGGGGCAAGGAUACCUGACCCCUGUGCUGAGCCAUGCCCUGUUCCCACCCCAGGCCACAGCGAGUGGCAGGAAGCUGUAUGCAGCACUGCAGGAGUAUGCAAAACGCUACAGCUGGGCUGGCAUGGGACGCAUUCAUAAAGGACUCCGGGAGCAGGCCACAUUAAAUGAUCGCUCCUCCAUCCAAAAGCCUCAUCUCUUCUUCCUCCCAGAUGUCCCCAGCAUUCCUUUUUUCCCACGUGACGCCCAUCGACAUGACAUUGAGGUCUUGGAGACCAACUAUCCCAUAAUCCUCGCAGAGUUUCAGGCGGUCUACCAGAGAGGCAUUGAUCCAAAGAUUGGCUGGACCGGCCUGGGAUCUAAGGGCCAAGCCGUGUUCCCCUUGUACAGCGCAGGCGUGUGUGUAGCAGGGAACUGCCGCUCCUGUCCCUGCACCUACCGCACUCUUCUCUCCUUGCGCACCUUCAUAAGUAGCAACUCCCUGGGGGCCGCCGGGUUCUGGCUGCUAGGGCCUGGGGCCACACUAGGGGGAGUGUAUGGCCCCACCAAUACUCGCCUACGCUGCCACCUCGGAGUGCAGACCCCACCUCAGUGUGAGCUGGUAGUGGGAGGAGAGCCUCAGUGCUGGUCAGAGGGACACUGCCUCCUGGUGGAUGACUCCUUCCUGCACACUGUCUCCCAUAAUGGGGUGGCAGAGGACGGGCCACGGGUGAUUUUCAGUGUGGACCUCUGGCAUCCAAAUGUGGCUGCAGCAGAAAGACAGGCCCUGGACUACAUUUUCUGCCCUGACCAAUGAACUACAACUUCCACUGUGCACAUGUUCUAGUUGUGCUCCACCCUUAUUUGAUAUGAGGGAAAGGUGCCCAAACCUCGUCUCGAGGGCUGUGCUCUUCAACCUCAAUGUUCAUCCAGUCCGAGUAUCACUGUGUGUUACCAGUGAAUCCACUGAAACAGUCCAAAUAGCCAAAGGGAGCUUACCCACAGACGUCAGUUCAAUGUCUAGUUUAGAUUUUUGUUUUAAUGUUUUGUUUUUUACACCUUUAUUUAACUAGGAAAGUCAGUUAAGAACAAAUUCUUAUUUAUAGCCUACCCCGGCCAAACUCAGGCGACUCCCAAUCACGGCCGGAUGUAAUAAAGCCUGGAUUUGGUUGAGUCGUCAACUAAGCUGAAUUCACUGUGAAAAUAAAUAAAUAAAUCCCCAUGUCAUUGGAUUUCGGUAAAACGUUGGGUCAAAAAAAAAGACUACAAUUUCCUUAUGUUGAUGACUUCUUUAAAAUCCAUGUUGAUUCAACAUCAUGCCAUACAAUUUUGGGGGGUGGAAUGACAUAUAAACAACAAUGAUUAAACCAGUUUUGACCAGUGGGUAGAAACAGAAUGAACGUACAGUCAUUUAAGAUCAGAACGGGUCUUUGCUGCUUUAAACUGCACACGUGCACUCACACACACAUUUGGACUGCACUAUCUUAAUAGCAAAACAUACAAAUGACAUUGUGGGUUGAUCACAGCCUUUUGAUAGGUGACCUCAUGAUGCAAAUGAAUCCUCCAAUAAAACAAGUAAAUAUUUAUUAUUUUGUAGAACUGUAUCAUCACAGUUUUUGCUCAACAUGUGUAGACAUGGUUUUCAUAAGUAACUGCAGAAACUGUGAGGGAAAAAGCAAAUUAACCACUGUUUUAUCUAUUCAGUUUUGUUAUUUUGUUGUGCCUGUUUUCUAUCUAUCCUUUUCUCAAAUGUGCCUGAUGUUAAUUUAAGGUGACCCCUUUUGGCAUAUACUGUGAUCUAGAUAUUUAAUUUUGUUUGACUCAAUAGAUAUUUUGUGAGCAUGCUUAUAUGUAUAUAUAUAUAUAUAUAUAAACUCAGCAAAAAAAUAACCGUCCUCUCAUUGUCAACUGCGUUUAUUUCCAGCAAACUUAACAUGUGUAUCUAUUUCUAUGAACAUAACAAGAUUCAACAACUGAGACAAAAACUGAACAAGUUCCACAGACAUGUGACUAACAGAAAUGGAAUAAUUGAAUAAUGGGGGGUCAAAAUCCAAAGUAACAGUCAGUAUCUGGUGUAGCCACCAGCUGCAUUAAGUACUGCAGUGCAUCUCCUCCUCGUGGACUGCAGCAGAUUUGCCCGUUCUUGCUGUGAGAUGUUAUCCCACUCUUCCACCAAGGCACCUGCAAGUUCCCGGACAUUUCUGGGGGAAACGGCCCUAGCCCUCACCCUCCGAUCCAACAGGUCCCAGACGUGCUCAAUGGGAUUGAGAUCCGGGCUCUUCGCUGGCCAUGGCAGAACACUGACAUUCCUGUCUUGCAGGAAAUCACACACAGAACGAGCAGUAUGGCUGGUGGCAUUGUCAUGUUGGAGGGUCAUGUCAGGAUGAACCUGCAGGAAGGGUACCACAUGAGGGAGGAGGAUGUCUUCCCUGUAACGCACAGCGUUGAGAUUGCCUGCAAUGACAAACUCAGUCCGAUGAUGCUGUGACACACCGCCCCAGACCAUGACAGACCCUCCACCUCCAAAUCGAUCCUGCCUCAGAGUACAGGCCUCGGUGUAACGCUCAUUCCUUCGACGAUAAACACGAAUCCAACCAUCACCCCUAGUGAGACAAAACUACGACUCGUCAGUGAAGAGCACUUUUUGCCAGUCCUGUCUCGUCCAGCAACGGUCGGUUUGUGCCCAUAGGCAACGAUGUUGCCGGUGAUGUCUGGUGAGCACCUACCUUACAACAGGCCUACAAGCCCUCAGUCCAGCCUCUCUCAGCCUAUUGCGGACAGUCUGAGCACUGAUGGAGAGAUUGUGCUUUCCUGGUGUAACUCGGGCAGUUGUUGUUGCCUUCCUGUCCCGCAGGUGUGAUGAUCGGAUGUACCGAUCCUGUGCAGGUGUUGUUACACGUGGUCUGUCACUGCCAGGACGACCAGCUGUCCGCCCUGUCUCCCUGUAGCGCUGACUUAGUCACCUCACAGUACGGACAUUGCAAUUUAUUGCCCUGGCCACAUCUGCAGUCCUCAUGCCUCCUUGCAGCAUGCCCAAGGCACGUUCAUGCAGAUGAGCAGGGACAUCUUUCUUUUGGUGUUUUUCAGAGUCAGUAGAAAGGCCACUUUAGUGUCCUAAGUUUUCAUAACUGUGACCUUAAUUGCCUACCGUCUGUAAGCUGUUAGUGUCUUAACGACCGUUCCACAGUAGCAUGUUCAUUAAUUGUUUAUGGUUCAUUGAACAAGCAUGGGAAACAGUGUUUAAACCCUUUGCAAUGAAGAUCUGUGAAGUUAUUUGGAUUUUUCAAAUUAUCUUUGAAAGACAGGGUCCUGAAAAAGGGCCAUUUUUUUUGCUGAGUUUAUAUAUGUGCAGUAUCAGUCAAGUUUUUGGACACUCAAGGGUUUUUCUUAAUUUUUACUAUUUUCUACAUUGUAGAUUAAUAGUGAAGACAAACUUUUAAAUAACACAUAUGGAAUCGGGUAGUAACUAAAAAGUGUUAAACAAAUCAUAAUAUAUUUUUUCGAUUUUUAAAAGUAGCCACCCUUUGCCUUGAUAGCUUUGCACACUCUGGCAUUCUUUCUGCCAUCUUCACCUGGAAUGUUUAUCCAAGAGCCUUGAACGAGUUCCCACAUAUGCUGAGCACUUGUUGGCUGUUUUUCCUUCACUCUGUGGUCCAACUCAUCCCAAACCAUCUCAAUUGGGUUCAGGUUCGGGUGUUGGGGAGGCCAAGUCAUCUUAUGCAGCACUCCAUCACUCUCAUUCGUGGUAAAAUAGCCCGUACACAGCCUGGAGGUGUGUUGGGUCAUUGUCCCAUUGAAAAACAAAUGAUUGUCCCACUAAGUGCAAACCAGAUGGGAUGGCGUAUUGCUGCAGAAUGCUGUGGUAGCCAUGCUGGUUAAGUGUGCCUUGAAUUCUAAAUAUAUCACUGACAGUGUCACCAGCAAAGCACCAUCACACCUCCUCCUCCAUGCUUCACGGUGGGAAACACAAAUGUGACUAUUAUCGGUCCACUGACUCUGCAUCUCACAAAGAUACGGCAGUUGGAUCCAAAAAUCACAAAUUUGAACUCAUCGGAUCAAAGGGCAGAUUUCCACCAGUCGAAUGUCCAUUGCUCCUGUUUCUUUGCCAAAGAAGGUCUCUUAUUCUUAAUGGUGUCCUUCAGUAGUGGUUUCUUUGCAGCAAUUCGACCAUGAAGGCCUGAUUCACGCAAUCGUCACUGAACAGUUGAUGUUGAUGUGUCUGUUACUUGAACUCUGUGAAGCAUUUAUUUGGGCUGCAAUUUCUGAGGCUGGUAACUAUAAUGUACUUAUCCUCAGCAGCAGAGGUAACUUCCUGUGGCGGUCCUCGUGAGAGACAGUUUCAUCAUAGCUCUUGAUGGUUUUUGCGACUGCACUUGAAGAAACAUUCGAAGUUCUUGAAAUGUUCCAGGUUUUGACUGACCAUCAUGUCUUAAAGUAACAAUGGACUGUCAUUUCUCCUUGCUUAUUUGAGCUGUUCUUGCCAUAAUAUGGUCUUGGUCUUUUACUAAAUAGGGCUAUCUUCUGUAUACCAUCCCUACCUUCUCACAACACAACUGAUUGGCUCAAUGCAUUAUUAAGAAGGAAAGAAAUUCCACAAAUUAACUUUUAACAAGGCACACCUGUUAAUUCAAAUACAUUCCAGGUGACAACCUCAUAAAGCUGGUUGAGAUAAUGCCAAGAGUGGGCAAAGCUGUCAUCAAGGCGUGGCUACUUUGAAGAAUCUAAAAUAUAUUUUGAUUUGUUUAACACUUUUGGUUACUACAUGAUUCCAUAUGUGUUGUUUCAUAGUUUUUAUGUAUUCACUAUUCUACAAUGUAGAAAUUAGUAAAAUAAAGAAAAACCCUGGAAUGAGUAGAUGUGCCCAAACUUUUGACUGGUACUGUAUAUACACAAUCAUGUGGAAUUGAAAAGCAUAGUCUGUAAGAACAAAUCACAGCACUGAUGAAGCAUGUUCUGCACUGUAUGUGAAUAUGUAGCUAAUAAAAGUGUCCAAAUAUCCUCUCA